GUUUGGUGGCUUUAUGGUGGUGAAGCUAGAGGUAGUUUGAGACUUUUUGGGGGUGGGAUGUGGUUGCGAGUGAUGUGGCAUACUGUAAUUGGAGAGAGGAAAGACUGCUCGCUUGAAGAAAACUCUUUUAGAGCCUGGUACAAGCCAAGCCCCCUCGAUUCGACAGUAAGAGUCGGUUAUGAAAUAGUCUUUUGGUUGGCUUUCUUGUUCUUGAGGACUUUCUGGCUAGUAGGCUUUAUAGCGGACCUGCCUUGCUGACAAGUAGGAUAUGAAAUAGAGUUGCGCUUGCCUUCACUUAGAAACUCUAUGCCUGAUUUGAAUAGAAACUCUAUUUUGGGGCUCAAUGUUGUUGGACUCUACUCCUCUCCCCAAGCUCGCUCCGCUCUAUGCCCAAAGCUUCAACUCAAUCACUUGAUAGGGGGGGUUAUAAGUGGAUUUGGCCAACCAACUGCAAGCUCGGGUGGGAGAACGGAAUACAGAGAAAAGUUACUGGUUGUAAAAAUUGAUCAUGACUCGAAUCCUCGAUUGAUCGAGGAAUACAAGGUUUAUGGUUUGCCAGCUUUGAUUCUCUUCCAAAAUGGGCUGGAAGUUCCAAAUAGCAGGACGGAAGGUGCACUUACAAUAGUGAAGCUCAAAGAGUAUCUUGAUGCGCUGUUGGAAUCGGUGUCUAUUGCAUAA